AUGGCCAGUUGGGAGGUUGGCACCCGGGCCUGGUUCCCCAACCAGGCCGAGGGCUUUGUUCCUGGUGAACUGUCCGAGAAGAAGUCCUUGGGAGACGGGAAGAUAGCCCUUGUCUUCAGCCUCUCCGAUGACUCCAAGCAGACGGUCGAAACGACCGAGGAGGCCCUGUCCGAUACCACACAUGCCUCCCUACCUCCCCUUAUGAACCCUCCUAUGUUCGAAGCUGCCGAAGACUUGACGAACCUGUCGCAUUUGAACGAGCCGGCCAUCCUGCAGGCCAUCAAACUGCGGUAUGCGCAGAAAGAAAUAUACACAUACAGUGGCAUCGUGUUGAUAGCCACGAAUCCCUUUGCACGUGUCGACUCCCUCUACGUUCCGCAGAUGGUCCAAGUCUAUGCUGGCAAGCAGAGAGCGUCGCAGGCGCCUCAUCUGUUCGCCAUCGCAGAAGAGGCCUACACCGACAUGUUACGGGACAAUCGAAACCAGACCGUCGUGGUAUCUGGCGAGUCUGGUGCGGGUAAAACGGUCAGCGCAAAAUACAUUAUGCGGUACUUCGCAACCCGCGGGCCCCCUGGACAAGUCACCAAGGGCACAAAGUCACGGGCGGAUGCCAUCAGCGAGACUGAGGAACAAAUCCUUGCCACGAAUCCUGUGAUGGAAGCUUUCGGUAACGCAAAGACCACGAGGAACGACAACUCUUCAAGAUUCGGCAAGUACAUUGAGAUCAUGUUCGACAGGAACACCGACAUCAUUGGUGCCAGGAUCCGAACGUAUCUUCUGGAACGGUCACGUCUCGUCUUCCAACCACUCAAGGAAAGAAAUUACCACAUAUUCUACCAGUUAGUCGCUGGAGCCACUGCCGAAGAGAAGCAGGAGCUUGGUCUCGUUUCUGUAGAAGAGUUCGACUAUCUGAAUCAAGGCAAUGAGCCUUUGAUUGAUGGUGUCGAUGACGCGGCUGAAUUUGCAGCCACGAGAAAGUCAUUGUCUACCAUCAACGUCUCCGAAGCCACUCAACAAGAAAUUUUCCGUAUUCUUGCUGCCCUCCUGCAUAUUGGUAACAUUAACAUCACAGCGACACGAUCGGACUCUUCACUCUCCUCCUCAGAACCGGCAUUGGUACAAGCAUGCAGCAUUCUCGGCAUUGAUGCUGGUGAUUUCGCCAAGUGGAUCGUGAAAAAACAGCUGAUAACCAGAGGAGAAAAGAUCACGUCGAAUCUCACUCAACAGCAAGCCACCGUGGUCCGAGAUUCAGUUGCCAAGUUCAUCUACUCGAGCCUGUUUGAUUGGCUGGUAGACACCAUUAACCAUGGGCUGGCAACGGACGAGGUUUUGCAGCGAGUUAGCACUUUCAUUGGUGUGCUCGAUAUCUACGGGUUUGAGCAUUUCGCCAAAAAUUCGUUCGAACAGUUUUGCAUCAAUUACGCCAAUGAGAAGUUACAACAAGAAUUUAAUCAGCACGUUUUCAAGCUCGAGCAGGAAGAGUAUAUGCGGGAACAGAUUGACUGGACCUUUAUCGACUUCUCGGAUAACCAGCCCUGCAUCGACCUCAUCGAAGGCAAACUUGGUAUUUUGUCGCUUUUGGACGAAGAAUCGAGGCUCCCCAUGGGCUCUGACACGCAGUUUGUCGACAAAUUGCACCAUCACUAUGCCGCAGACAAGCACAAGUUUUAUAAGAAGCCUCGAUUUGGCAAGUCUUCUUUUACCGUCUGCCAUUAUGCCCUUGAUGUCACGUAUGAAUCUGACGGCUUCAUCGAGAAGAAUCGAGAUACUGUUCCGGACGAACAGAUGGAAGUGCUUAAGAAGUCCUCAAACACAUUCUUGGUUGAAGUCUUGGACGUCGCCGCCGCUGUGCGAGACAAAGAGGGUGCUCAAACAAGUUCCAAAACUGUUGCGACUGGAGGUGGACGCCGGAUGGGCGUCGCUGUUAACCGCAAGCCCACGCUUGGAGGAAUAUUCAAGAGCUCACUCAUUGAGCUCAUGCAGACCAUCAAUUCGACCGACGCACACUACAUUCGUUGUAUCAAGCCCAACGAAGCCAAGGAAUCUUGGAAGUUUGAGGGUCCAAUGGUGUUGUCGCAGCUCCGAGCUUGCGGCGUGUUGGAAACCGUUCGCAUCAGUACUGCCGGUUAUCCUACCAGAUGGACGUACGAAGAGUUCGCCCUGCGCUAUUACAUGCUUUGUCGGUCUUCAGAAUGGACCACCGAGAUCCGCCAGAUGGCGCAGAAUAUUUUGGUAAAAGCUCUGGGAGCCAAAGCCCACGAAAGAGGGGAGAAAUAUCAGCUUGGCCUCACCAAGAUCUUCUUCCGUGCAGGCAUGUUGGCGUUCUUGGAAAACCUCCGUUCAGCUCGACUUAAGGAAUGCGCCAUCAUGAUUCAGAAGAAUUUGCGCGCAAAGUAUUACCGUCGCAAGUACCUCGAUGCACGACAGUCGAUUCUUGACUUUCAGGCCGCGACCAGAGCCUUCCUCGCCAGACGCAGAGCGGAAGAAACGAGGCAGACUAAGGCAGCCACUGAUCUUCAACGUAUCUGGCGUGGUCACAAAGCUCGUAAGAAUUUCAAUCAAGUGAGAAGUGACCUGGUCUUGUUCGAGUCGGUAGCAAAAGGUUUCCUCUGUAGAAGGAAUAUUCUUGAGAAGCGCAUUGGUGAUGCUGCAAUCAAGAUCCAAAGAGCAUUCCGCUCGUGGCGUUCACUACGCGCCUGGAGACAAUAUCGCAGAAACGUUGUUAUCGUACAGAAUCUGUGGCGUGGCAAGACUGCCCGACGCGACUACAAGAAGAUGCGCGAAGAGGCUCGGGAUCUCAAACAAAUCUCCUACAAGCUCGAGAACAAGGUUGUUGAACUUACUCAGUCCCUUGGCGCAGUCAAGCGAGAAAACAAAUCGCUUGUCUCACAGUUGGAGAACUACGAGGGUCAAUUAAAGUCCUGGAGAUCACGACACAACGCGCUGGAAACUCGAUCACGAGAACUGCAAACGGAAGCUAACCAAGCCGGCAUCAUUGCUGCGAAGUUGAGCGCCCUGGAAGAAGAGCAUGCGAAACUGCAAGCCAGCCAUGAUGAACAGAUGGGUAACGCGAAGAGAUUACAAGACGAAGACCGCAAACUUCGGGAAUCACUGCAAUCUUCUAACGCUGAGCUGGAGAAACUACGUCAAGCCGUCUCGACGCACGAAAGUGAGAGAGGUACUCUGCGCCAGCAAAUCAACGAACUUCAAGAUCAGCUUGAGAUGGCAAGAAGAGCUCCACCGCCAGUCGCCACGAAUGGCGUCAAUGGUGACUACGCGAAUGGAGUCCAACCUGCGAAUGGCCUCAUCAACCUCGUUUCUUCCAAGAAGCCUUUGAAGAGACGAAGUGCUGGAGCCGCUGAACGUGUCGAGGCUGAUCGCUACAGUGCUGCCUUCAGCGCUCGUCCCGUCUCUAUGGCCCUAGACACUCACGCAAAGACGUUGUCUGGUUCCACAUUCCAUCCCGGUCUCGACAGUGUUGAGAUGGAACUGGAGAACCUCCUUGCUCAGGAAGACGAACUUAAUGAUGAAGUCACCAUGGGUCUCAUCCGUGGCAUCAAGAUCCCUCAACCAGGAGCCAAUCCUCCUCCCACAGACAAGGAGGUGCUGUUCCCAUCUUACCUGAUCAAUUUGGUUACGUCUGAGAUGUGGAAUAAUGGAUUCGUCAAAGAAUCUGAGCGCUUCCUUGCGAAUGUCAUGCAGUCUAUUCAGCAGGAGGUGAUGCAGCACGACGGCGAUGAGGCCAUCAACCCGGGCGCGUUCUGGUUGUCCAAUGUUCAUGAAAUGCUUUCGUUUGUCUUCCUGGCUGAAGAUUGGUACGAAGCCCAGAAGACGGACAACUAUGAAUACGAUCGUUUGCUUGAGAUUGUCAAGCAUGACUUGGAAAGUUUGGAGUUCAACAUCUAUCAUACGUGGAUGAAGGUGUUGAAGAAGAAGUUACACAAGAUGAUCGUACCUGCAAUCAUCGAAUCCCAAUCCCUUCCCGGCUUUGUCACGAAUGAGAGCAAUCGAUUCCUCGGCAAGCUGCUCCCCUCCAACAACACCCCGGCAUACAGCAUGGACAACUUGUUGAGCUUGUUGAACAACGUCUUCAAAGCCAUGAAGGCAUACUACCUUGAAGAUUCCAUUAUCGCACAAACGGUCACCGAGCUUCUUAGACUGGUCGGAGUCACUGCGUUUAACGACCUCUUGAUGCGUCGCAAUUUCUUGUCGUGGAAGCGUGGUCUACAAAUCAACUACAACAUCACCCGGAUCGAAGAAUGGUGCAAGAGCCACGACAUGCCCGAGGGGACCUUGCAACUCGAACAUCUUAUGCAGGCGACCAAACUUCUGCAGUUGAAGAAGGCCACCUUGAACGACAUUGAAAUCAUCCAAGACAUUUGCUGGAUGCUUUCUCCGAACCAGAUCCAGAAACUCCUCAAUCAAUAUCUUGUGGCGGACUACGAACAGCCCAUCAACGGCGAAAUCAUGAAGGCGGUGGCAUCGAGGGUGACCGAGAAGAGCGACGUUCUCCUUCUGGCUCCCGUCGACAUGGAAGACAGUGGGCCAUACGAGAUUGCCGAACCCAGAGUCAUCACGGCGUUGGAGACGUAUACUCCUUCAUGGCUACAAACACCUCGACUCAAACGCCUCGCUGAAAUCGUGUCGGCUCAAGCCAUGGCCCAACAAGAAGGGGCCGCGGUACCUGAUGGGGCCAUUAGUGAUGGUGAAGCUGCUUGA